GCGACUUCCUGCGAUAUCCCUCUUCACGCCUCUUCACGACAUUCUACUUGUAUUGCUCGCCUAUUUAACCUACCACCAUGAAGUCUCUACGCAAGUCCCUUAAUGGAAAUAAGGAUCAUUCCCAUCACAUCCCUAGCCCUUCCUCGCCCCUGCCUCCGCUUUCUAAACCUAUCAACGCUAUCCAGCCCCCGAAGAAGGUUAUAAAGGCCUUGCAGUCCCAUCGAGCUACUGCCCCCCAGGAGCUCUCGUUCGAUAAAGGCGACUUCUUCCAUGUUGUCAACGACGUGAACCAAGGACAGUGGUAUGAAGCUCACAAUCCAAUUUCAGGCGCACGAGGCCUAGUCCCGUGCAGUAUGUUCGAAGUAUUCGGUAGAGGAGCAGUAACCUCUCCUAGUCCUAGAUUGACCCAAGCACCGAAUCCAGUGCAGACACAGUCUCCGAUGUCCCCGAAAACCCAAGUCUACUAUGCAAUUGUUCUGCAUGACUUCAUAGCAGAGCGUGCAGACGAAUUGGAUGCGAAAGCUGGUGAUACUAUCUCUGUCGUUGCCCAGUCGAAUCGGGAGUGGUUCGUCGCCAAACCUAUCGGCCGCCUUGGUAGGCCGGGACUCAUUCCAGUCUCUUUUGUGGAGAUUCGAGAUCCCGCUACUGCGUCCCCUAUUCAAGAUGUCAAUGCGUUGAUUGAUAGCGGUGCUCUUCCCCGGGUGGAAGAAUGGAAAAAGUCGGUCAUGACAUACAAAGCGAACAGCAUAUCGCUUGGUGUUAUUGAAGAUCCAAAUGCGUCGCAGGCGACGCACUACAAUUCCAACAAGAAUGGCUCAGCUGCACCGUCUAUCGAUGUGCAGAGUCCAUCGCCCACCCCUUAUCAAAAUCAACAGCAAGCACCGCAACCUCCGCCGAAGCAAUCCAUACUUCCUGAAGGAAUCUUACUUGAGGCAUCCGUCAAAUCCUUUCAUUACGAGAUGGAAGAGUAUUGGUUCCUUGUUCAUGCGACAUUCCAGCCGUAUCCAUCCAACAGCUCCGAUCCACUUCCUCCGGCAAAACAUCUAGCGCUUUUCCGAACUUACAACGACUUCUAUGACUUCCAAGUUGAGCUUCUGGAUACAUUCCCGCAUGAAGCCGGUCGGCCUGACAAUCAAACGCGUAUACUGCCCUUCAUGCCUGGUCCUGUGGAGCAUGUUGAUAAACAAAUCACUAUCACCCGACAAGAGGAGCUUGACGAAUAUAUCCGUCAGCUUUGCGCACUCCGAUUCUCAGCCAGAUAUCUUCUCGAACAUGAGCUGGUUCGCCAGUUCGUUAGCAUCAAACCAGGAGACGCAGAACAGGAUAUCGAACCUCGUGUGUCGGAUAUACAAGCGUUAGCAAGGACGUCCUACGGAGGUGGACCUGAUUCCGGCGCGAAUUAUGGGAAUGAUAUAGAUUCCCAGUUCGAUAGGCUGCAGGUCAGCCAAAGGCCUGAACCGGGUAGCGAUGUAUCUGAAUAUGAAGAAGAAGGCGACGUCAUGGGACGUGGACUCGAUGGAGAUGCAUAUGACUACUACUCACAAAGUCAUCAUCCGUAUGCCUCCCCAGAGUUGUUGCAGAAACCAGUUCAACCGCUUCGCCUGCACAACCGUACCGAUUCUUCCACGUCUCUUCACAAGAAAACCGCCAAAGGUCACGCUGCCAAUCAUUCUCGAUCAAGUUCAAGGGCCAAUUCUCCCCUUCCCCCUUCUGCCCGCUACUCCUCGUUGGAAAUUGACCCAUACCAGACGAAUGCCAAUUCACGCUCCUCUCUUGCUUCUUCCCACGAACCAUCACCUGUGUCAAUGCGUUCUUCGCAGACUCCAUCGGUGGCUACCUCUGCCACAUCUCUUUCCGGCCGGUCACGUUCUCAGUCCACUGCCACAAUGAGUACGCCGCCUAUAUCAAGCAACAACCCUCAGACUGCAUUUGUGAAAAUCAAGAUCUUCGACAAUGCUUCCGACGAUGUUGUUGCCAUCCGAGUACAUCCGCGGGUCACCCAUUCACAACUAUUGGAGAAGGUUAGGGCAAGGCUUCCCAACGUGAUUGCCUUACGAUACCGUGACAGCUUGCGGAAUGAACUCGUCGAUAUUCGGAGCGACGAUGAGUUAGGGAGCUGGAUGGACGGCGCAGAUCGGCAUGUGCUAAUUUCAUCAACAUCUUUCAAUGACGCUCUUCUUCUUCCCACUGUUUCCAUCUAUGAUUUGACUUGUACCACAACUUUAGCUAUGCACCAGCUCAUUGUAAUCUAUAUGUUUCGCCCUUUGUAUCAUUUCCACGCAUAGAAUAGUCUUUACAUAGUACUAUAUCCCAACGAGAUGAAGAUGUUAUACCCG